AUGGCAACCCCAAUUAUUGUUGGAGCAACCAUUGCAGGUAUUGCAUAUUCAAGUAGAUUUUUAAUUAGAGUUAUUCAAAGAGCAAAAUCAAAACAACUUUUUGAAAUGGUUUCAACACCAGGUUUCACUGUUGAAACUAUUGAAGAUGGUUUCGAAAAUAAAAUGACUCCUGCUGAAGCUGCAAAUAUUUUAGGUUUAAAAGAAGAAUCAACAAAAGAAGAAAUUAAAAUUAGACAUAAACUUUUAAUGAUUAAAAACCAUCCAGAUAAGGGUGGUUCCUCUUAUUUAGCAACCAAAAUUAAUGAAGCAAGAAAUGUUCUUUCUUCUAAAAACAGCAAUUAG